ACGACAGCAAAGAAGAGAUUGUGACACUGUAUUCUUCAAGCAAUACAUUUGCAGGGAAAGUAAGUCGUGUUUCAUUAGAUCUAAUAUUCGGAAGACCUAGACAGACACAUAAAAGGUGGAUGGACGAACUCCAUAAAGUACUGAAUGUAUGUGAUGAUCACUUAUCUUUGUACCAGUUAACAGUAGAGAGAGGAACAAAAUUACACCGGCAGGUGGCUGCAGGGGAAGUAGCACUGCCGGAAGAUGACGUCAUGGCAAUGUUGUAUGAAGCUUCAGUGUCUUUCCUUCAUAAUGCUGGGUUCAAAAGAUAUGAAGUUUCCAAUUUUGCUCGAGGAUCUGAAGCUGAAUGUUUGCAUAACAAGUUGUACUGGAAGAAUUCACAAUACAUUGGUGUUGGACCAGGAGCUCAUAGCAGAGUUGUACUUAAAAACGAUACUCUAUUAAAAUCAGAAAGUUUAAAACACCAUCAUACAAGAGAUGACAAAACAAUCGACUUAGGAAUUAAAGAAAAUACCGCAUACAAAAAUCUACUGACCAGGAUUUUUUGCCGUGCUGCAAUUGUAAAUGCAGCUGAUCCAGUAAGUUGGCUGCAGGAAGUUCACCUUUAUGGAACAGGGGCUCGUAACAUAAAAUUUCAAACCAGGUUAGAUAUCUUACAUGAAUAUGUUGCCUCUGGCUUAAGGACAAGUGAAGGGGUUACUGCUGCCAUAUGGCAGUCUUUCUGUCCAUGGAGAACCCUAGUUGAUAUAUUUCAGGAAGACACACUUUGGCUUCAAGAGAAGAAUUUAUUGGAAAUUUCUGAUGCCUAUAUGAGAGCUACAGAGUUAGGCUUAAAUGUACUGGAUUAUAUAUUGCCAUAUCUAAUUAAUGUUGUUGAGAGGGAGUUAAACAGAUAAAUUAAGUUGCAAAUAGUCGUUGAGAGACUGUCUAACUGUACAUGCCUAAGUUGUAUGAUGUAUGUUAUUUGAAAUAAAGUGAUUUGACUUCUU